AUGUACGCGGUUGAAGCUAUGUCGCUCCCCGCCCGCGAGGGCGGGGCUGGCCCCACAUCAGGGGAGAACACUUCCGCAUGGCUUCCGCCAUCUGCUUCCGCCGUGCGCAGCCCCCACGCGGAAGUCGUUCGGCGGAAGGCCACCUCGUCGAACGACAUGGACAAGGAGUGGGGCGAUGAUUCCGCGCUGACUGACGGUGCAUGCGCGCACGCGGGGGAAGGCGCAAGCACUGUGGGGGAGACCGACGGGUCCCGCGGCAGCCGCAGCAGCGGUUUUCUCCGCCUCCUGCGCGGGCGGACCGGAAAUACCGCCCGCGAACCAGGUAACGCCACGAGCGCCGCCCCUGCGCGCUCUUCCGCCGACCUCUUCCGCUUCCGCCGCUCGCGAGGCGAAGGGCGGUCGACGCCAUCGCGAGAAAAAACUCCUCCUAAGCUCGGUGGCGACGGCACCAGUUCUGCAGCAGCAGUAGAGGGAGCGGAAGGAGGGCGGGAAGGAGGACGCGGAGGGGGCGGGGGCGGGGGCGGGGGCGGAGGGGGAGCAGCGGAAGCAGGUGGAGCAGGGGGAGCAAGUGGAGCAGGAGGAGCGGGGGAUCGCGCCUCGCCCCUUGCCGCAACCCGCGGCUCCAAUGAGACCGCCGCGCCGCCUGGAUCUAAAGUAGCUUCUAUGGCGCCUCGGAAGUCUGAGACUGCGGCACCAACCUUGCCGUCUGAUGCGGAAAAAGGAUCGUCUUCGACUGACGAGCUCCCGGCUGCCGCGGCUGGACACUUGGAUGACGUGUCAAACUCUGCGGGCUUCCACGUGGCAGCUGGUACUACUUCCUCGUCGAGGAGUAAAGCGCCAUCCCUGAAAGAGGAAUUAGCCAUGGAAGGCGUUUCGCCGCGUUCCCCCGCCUUCAACUCUCCUUCCGCCUUCCCCGCUUCUUCCGCCUCCCCCACUUCCUCCGCCCUCCCCGCCGCUCCUUCCCCUUCUUCCGCCUCGGCGCAUUCGCCUGCCGCCCAGCCUCGAAUCGCGCGAUCCGCCUCCGUCAAUGCGCAGACGCGCCGCUAUCCCCCUCCUAUGAGCGGAUAUUCCGGUCACAUCCUUCCGCCUCGGCGGAAAUACACAGCUUCUAACACUGACACUAACCGUAACGUUAACGUUGAUAUUGACGAUGACGACGAGGAUGACGAUGACGGAGUGGUGAUGGCGCGGCCCGUUCUGCGGAGAGGCGCUAAUCGCGGAGGUUCCGGGGACCUUGCACCAUCCGCCGAGGCGCAGUUGGUUGCAGCGGCGGCGGAUAUGCUCCGCGGUUUGGGCGGCGGGGCGCAGCAGACCAGGGGAAUCGGAGGCGCGGGCAACUUACACCGCGCAGCUUCCCCACGUGGUAUCCCCCCUGCUGGAAAGGUUUCUCCUCGCGAGAGUCGAGACAGCUUACAACGAAGAUGUUUACAGCGAGGCGGUGUUCGCAGCGGCAGCAGCAGCAACAGCAGCAGCAACAGCAGCUAUAAAGAGAGAUCUAACGCUAAUAACGGCGGAGGCGGCAGCGGCGGUGGCGGCGGCGGCGGAAGUGGUCCGGAGGGUGCAUCCGCGAUAAGGAGGCUCUCGAUAGAGGUGCAAGAGAAGCUGAAGCAGCUGCAAGUAUCGUUUGAUGAUUCCGCCCCAGAAGCUGACUCCGAUAACGCGAGCCCUUAUGACGAGGGCGCUGAGAGUGCUUAUAUCGAGGGUGCUUAUGGCGAAGGGGAACGGCAGAAAGCGGGCUCAACGGGGAACGCGCCUCUGCCGUCACCGUCCCCCGCCUCCUCCGCCUCUCAAGAGCGCUCCCCCCAUGCGCCCCACGCUCCCUGCUCCCCCUCCCCCCUCGGCGCACCCGCUUCUUCCCCUAUCCGCCGUCGUCGCGCCCGGUUUCCUUCUCCUUCCGCCUCCCCCCACGCCGGCAUGCCUUCCCCCUCCUCUUCCCCCCACGCACGUGCGCCUUCCCCCUCCGCCUCCCUUCACGCGCCCCCCGCUUCCCCCCGCGCCUUCGUCCCGCCAGCCUCCCCCAACGCUCUUCCCAGGUCGUCCUCCCCCCACGCUCCCCCAUCCGCCUCCCCCCGCGCCCCAGUAUCUUCCCCUUCCGCUUCCCCCUCGCGCCAGCGCAAGCCAGUCCCCGCCAUAUUCUCCCGCCCCCCUCCCCUUACCACUCCCCCCGUUCAGCCCGCUGCCGCCUUCCCCCUGCUCGCCUCCUCCCCCGCCCAAUCCCCCACCUUCCCCUGCCCCGUCUCCUCCGCCCCUUUCCCCUCCGCCCCUUCCCCCACGCGCCCCCUCGCAUCCCCAUCCAAGCCUCCGCGCUCCCCCACGCGUUCCCCCGCGCUCUCCCCCUCCUCGUCCCGCCGCUCCCCCCGCGCCUCCCCCAUUCCCCGGUCGCAGUCCUCUUUCCAGAACCCCUUUCCUUCCCCAAAGCCCUCUCACGGCCGACACCAAUCUCUCGACCUCAGCCAGUUUCCCCCCUCCUCCCUGCCCCACCACCAGGGGUUCCCCUCAGGAACCAAUGGUAUGGGUAUGGGAACAGGUGCGGGGACAGGUAUGGGGACAGGUAUGGGGGCAGGAACGGGUGUGGCCAUGGGUAUGGGUACUGGCAUGGGUAUGGGUACUGGCAUGGGUAUGGGCAUAUUCCCAGGGCAGGAUCAGCUCCACCAGAGAUCUGCCUCUGACUCAACUCCUGACAGUGACACCACCGAUCUCUACCCUCCCUCACACCACCUCAUCCCUCCGUACCUGCCCAACUCUACCAUCCCAUUCGCCGCCACCACCACGCCAGGAAACAACCCCCAGGCGAACGCUCCGUUCCACGCUCCCUACCUCCCUUCCUCUCCUUCCCACCCUCUCAUCGCUCCACCAGGACAGAGUGUGGCGAGAAUGGGUGUGGGUAUGGAGCAGGAAGGGGUGUUUGUUCGGUCCCAGAGUGCGGAAUUCGGGGGAAGAGUGGCUGUGCAUGUGACAGGGGAAGGGGUGCGGGCGGGGAGCGGACGGCGGGUCACGAGGAGAAACUCGGUUGACGCGGGGACGCUGGGAGGCCGGACUAGCUCGGGUAGUGCUGCUGAGAUGGGAAUGCGGAUGGGAGGGCAGGAGAUGGGAGGAGGGCAGGAGAGGGGUGGGAAGAGCCCGAUCAAGUCAUGCCUGUCGCCGGCGAAUGGAUCGGGAGGCACGAAGCUGAAGAAGCAGGUGUCGUUUAACCGUGUGGUGCGCGUGCGACGGUUCCCGUCCUGCGAUGCCAGCAUUGGUCAGUGA